GCGACAAUCAAAACUUUGUUUGUUAAAAAUCCGUUUUCAAAAUUUUUGUUUUGGUUGUUUAUUGGAAGUUUUGAAUUGAAUGACUAUUAUAAGUUGGUGUCAGGAAAAAAUACGGCGUGCAUAUGCGGCGUGCAAACGCGUCAUAUUAUGUCGCAGCGACGGAAACACCGAAAUGGACCAAGACCAAGUUUAUCAUGUAGAUUUACCCGUAAGACCGGGCGAGCAAAACCCGUCGGACCAACUACAGGUCAUUGGUCCAUUGCAGCGACAGAGGCGCCGGCCGGACGUCCAGCCGAUAGGUAUGCGACGAUUCGCCGACCCCGAGAAAGUAGCGGCUCUGUUUAAAGCGUGCAAGGAGCUUCGGGUGCCGGUGGGUGAAAACCGUUUCAAAGAAGGCGACGACGACAGCAGUGGUUCUGCAAAAACCAUCUCGGGUCUCUACCCUCAAAAAAACGUCUCGAACCAAAACGGAAAAAAAUAGUACCGAUAAUGUCGACUCGCAACGACGAUAACAUCGCCGACUGUAUAAAAUGAAUUAUUGAAUUUGUACCACUCAUAUUAUAAUAAUAUUAUGUUUUAAUAAUAGCAUAAUAAAAUUAUGAUGGGUGUUGA